CCCUCCCUGCCUCCCUUCCCACCUUCUCUCUUUCCUUCCCCCUCCCUCUUCCUGGCGCUCUCUCCCUCGUUCUCCUCCCUUUCCUCCCCCCUCCCUCCCGGGCUCUCCUCCCCUAAGAUCUCCUGGGCCUGGCGAACGGCGUGUUGCUGCGUCAUCGUCAGGGGCCGGUUUGAAUGAGACUCAAGAGUCGCGCCGCCGCCGCCGCCGCCGGAUCUCCAGCCCAGCCCGAGCCGCUACCGCCGCAGCCGCAGCCUCUCCUGCUCCUCUUCGUUUUCCUUCCCUUCCUCUGUAGCCCCAGGUCCCGGCCUUCCUGUGCCGUUGCUUCCCUCAGCCAUGCCGCUCUUCUCAGUUAAUGUAAAAUGGGGAAAAGAGAAGUUUGAUGGUGUGGAACUGAAUACUGAUGAACCUCCCAUGGUAUUCAAGGCUCAGCUUUUUGCACUGACUGGAGUCCAACCUGCUAGACAGAAAGUUAUGGUGAAAGGAGGCACUCUGAAGGAUGACGAUUGGGGAAACCUCAAGAUAAAGAGUGGAAUGACUCUGUUAAUGAUGGGAUCAGCAGAUGCUUUGCCUGAGGAACCUGUAGCUAGAACUGUUUUCGUAGAAGACAUGACGGAAGAACAGCUAGCAUCUGCUAUGGAAUUGCCGUGUGGAUUGACAAAUCUUGGUAACACUUGUUACAUGAAUGCUACAGUUCAGUGUAUCCGCUCUGUGCCAGAACUUAAAGAUGCCCUUAAAAGGUAUGCAGGUGCCUUGCGAGCUUCGGGGGAAAUGGCAUCGGCACAAUAUAUCACUGCAGCCCUUAGAGAUUUGUUUGAUUCCAUGGACAAAACUUCCUCCAGUAUACCACCUAUUAUUCUGCUGCAGUUUUUGCAUAUGGCUUUCCCACAGUUUGCAGAGAAGGGUGAUCAAGGACAGUAUCUUCAGCAGGAUGCUAAUGAAUGUUGGGUACAAAUGAUGCGAGUGUUGCAACAAAAACUGGAAGCUUUAGAAGGUGAUUCUGUUAUGGAGACAGAAAAUGCAUCAUCAUCUGCAGCCCAAGCACCUACUAAAAAGAAAAGUUUAAUCGAUCAGUUCUUUGGUGUUGAGUUUGAAACUACAAUGAAAUGUACAGAGGCUGAAGAAGAGGAAGCCACUAAAGGGAAAGAAAACCAGCUCCAGCUCAGCUGUUUUAUCAAUCAAGAAGUCAAGUAUCUGUUUACAGGACUUAAAUUGAGACUUCAGGAAGAAAUUACCAAACAGUCUCCAACAUUGCAACGAAAUGCUUUGUACAUAAAAUCUUCCAAGAUUAGCCGACUGCCUGCUUACCUUACUAUUCAGAUGGUUCGAUUUUUUUACAAAGAGAAGGAAUCUGUGAAUGCCAAAGUUCUUAAGGACGUAAAAUUUCCUCUUAUGUUGGAUGUAUAUGAACUAUGUACACCAGAACUUCAAGAAAAAAUGGUAUCCUUUCGGUCAAAAUUCAAGGAUCUAGAAGACAAAAAAGUAAAUCAACAGCCAAAGACAUUUAGCAAAAGUGGUGGUGCACAGAAAGAAGUUAAAUAUGAGCCAUUUUCUUUUCCUGAUGAUAUUGGCUCUAAUAACUGUGGUUAUUAUGAUUUACAAGCAGUGCUAACACAUCAGGGAAGGUCUAGUUCGUCAGGCCAUUAUGUAUCAUGGGUGAAAAGGAAACAAGAUGAAUGGAUUAAGUUUGAUGAUGAUAAGGUCAGCAUUGUUACACCAGAAGAUAUCUUGCGGUUAUCUGGUGGUGGAGAUUGGCACAUAGCUUAUGUUCUAUUAUAUGGGCCUCGCAGAGUUGAAGUAAUUGAAGAAGAAACUUCACAAUAAUCUUCAUCUUAGCUAUCUCUGACUAGGUGUGGAAUAAAUGUUGUUCGUUGAUCAUUUCUAAACCCCAGAGCUUUAGAAGAAAUUUUAGGUGGUUCUACAUGGUUUCCCCUCAUGUGGAGCCAAGAGGGUGAAAUCAGACUUGAAAUUUGUUCCAUGUAUUAACAAAACUAAAAACAGGAUACACAGAAAAGAGAGUUUAUCUUUGGACUCUGCUGCCCCUGUAUCAAAGUAGCAAACAGGAAGACUUUUUUUUUUUUAAAGGCUUAUUUCUUGUGUAAUUUUUUAAAAAAUUCUAAAUGGAAAUGCCUUUCAACCACUACCUUGUCCUAGUUUUUAAUUUCUCUUUCUGCCUUUUCCAGUCCAAGAUUCAGCAAUCAGAUAUUUAUUGCACACCUAUUAUUCCAUCAUUUGUUGUUAUUCUUGCAUGGUUCAGACCACCAUUCAAUAGCUGCCCAUCCUUUUGCCUUAUCUAACAAAGUUUUGCCAGAAGGUGGAAGGGAGAAUGUUGCCCUUGUUGUGUAACUCAGUGCUGCUGCCCAUAGCCCAUGGAAACAUGGCUACAAUCAAGUAUUUGUCCAGCCUGACCUGCUGACUCAGUCUGUUCUGUUGCUGGCAUUUCAUGACUUCAAAAUAAAUUGUGAUCAAUAACAGUACCUCUA